AUGGACACGGCGAACACUUCGAGCUCAGACUUCACAGACUCCAGUAAAAUAGUAAAUUAUUUGAUUGAGAAGUAUGCAGAUGUUGGAUUUGGUCAGCCUGGGAAAUUAUCUAACGAGCCACAGUCUCUAGUUUGUAUGUCCCCCGUAGCGCGUCGUUUUGGAAACGUCCGCCCUAUGUGCGCUGCGCCUCCUGGCUCAAGCAACAACAGUGCCAUGUUCAAAGACUGUGCUGUUAGAGAUCACGCCUAUUAUGACUGCUCUGACCCUCUGCCGUGGGCAGAGGUGUGUGGUAUAGAUGGAGUGAAGGAGUCCGUGUUAUCGCAGCCGGCCCCAACAGUAACUCAGGAAAGUUUGCAGAGAGCGGCCGUGAACAUGAUAUUGACACCCGGUUCAACCACAGCCACCGGGGUUUGUAAGAUCAUCAAAGAUGAGAAGGAGCCGUCACUAAUCAUGGAAACACCGUGUCCCGAUUUUGAUCUAACGGCCAACAUCCCUACCCUCGAGACCUGUUAUGACAGCGAGAGGAAACAACAACUGUUAGGGUUUAUGGAUGAUUCGGCAGCGUCUUUUCCCCCCUCGGUACCUGGACAACAGAACCAACAAGUACUAUUGGACAGUUCUCCGAACUUUCUAGUCGACUUGAAUCAGAACGACCAGAUGUCGACGGUUCCCCAGAUCCGGACGGACUCACGAGGUGUUCCCUUUCCUACUCAUCACAGUAAAGGCAUGCUGAAUUUUGACGUAAUGAGCAGUAACGGACAGGUUCCACAGCAGCAUUUGAUGAUUUAUAAGAGUGAAAUGCCCAGAUGGUCCAUUCAGACCUCUCCUACUCAGUCCCCGUACUGGUGCCAGUCCAGCGGGGUCUCCGAGGACCAGUAUCCGCACCAUGGCUACUCCUCCCCGGAUGGAAAUCACACCUCAGCUCUGCUCCAGAGGUCCCCGACCUAUACUGGAUAUGGCGGUGUUCCACCCCAGAGGCUGUGUAUGAUCUGUGGCGAUGAGGCUUCAGGGUGUCACUAUGGGGUCGUCACGUGUGGAAGCUGCAAAGUCUUCUUUAAAAGAGCGGUUGAAGGACAUCAUAACUAUCUCUGCGCCGGUCGAAAUGACUGCAUCGUGGAUAAGAUACGGAGAAAGAAUUGCCCUGCGUGUCGCCUGAGGAAGUGCUACCAAGCUGGGAUGAUGCUAGGAGGGCGGAAGCUGAAGCGUUUUGGGGCCCUGAAGGCAGGUCUGGCCCCAGCCUUGAUGUUCCAGGGACCCUUGUCAGCCCUGGGGGAUGGUCAGGCCCCAGCCUUGAUGUUCCAGGGGCCCUUGUCAGCCCUGGGGGAUGGUCAGGCCCUGGCCUCUCUACCCUGCAUGCCUGGCCUCCACGAGCUGCACCUCACCCCUCAGAUCAUCAGCAUUCUGGAGAGCAUCGAGCCUGAGGUGGUGUACUCUGGCUACGACAGCUCCCAGCCUGACAUGCCACACCUCCUCCUCAACAGCCUCAACAGACUGUGUGACAGACAGCUGCUGUGGAUCGUCCGCUGGUCCAAAUCCCUGCCAGGGUUCCGUGGCCUCCACAUCAACGAUCAGAUGACACUCAUCCAGUAUUCCUGGAUGAACCUCAUGGUGUUCUCUCUGGGCUGGAGAUCUUUCCAGAACGUCACCAGUGAAUACUUGUACUUCGCUCCUGAUCUCAUCCUCAGCCAGGAUCGUAUGAGGAGAUCUCCAAUCUAUGAUCUGUGUCUGGCCAUGCAGUUCAUCCCUCAGGAGUUCACCAGCCUCCAGGUCACCAAAGAAGAGUUCCUCUGUAUGAAAGCCAUCAUGAUUCUCAACACUGUUCCGUUGGAGGGCUUAAAGAGCCAGGCCCAGUUUGAGGAGAUGAGACAGAACUACAUUCGGGAGCUGACCAAGGCUAUCCAUCUGAAGGAGAGAGGCAUGAUGGCCUCCUCUCAGCGCUUCUACCAUCUCACUAAGCUCAUGGAUUCCAUGCAUGAGAUUGUAAAGAAGGUGAACCUGUACUGUCUCAGUACCUACAUCCAGGCUGACGCCAUGAAGGUUGAGUUCCCUGAAAUGAUGUCAGAGGUCAUCUCCUCCCAGCUCCCCAAGGUUCUGGCCGGUAUGGUCAAGACCCUCCUCUUCCACGCCAAGUGACCAAUCAGAGAAAUUAACCAAACCUGCACCUCAGGUCAAGCGCCUCCUCUUCCAUGCCAAGUGACCAAUCAGAGGAGAGAACCAAACCUGCACCGCAAAGCACCAUGGGAGAAUAGAAGAUACCGAAGAGUUGAAUUAAUAUUCUAUUAACGUCAUGAAAUAUCGACCAACAUUUUAUGUUGAUAUGACGAUAGGUCUUUGCCCGGUGGGUGGUAUCAUAUCUUUGAAACUAAGAAAAUGUUUUGGGGAGGUAUUAUUUAGACCAAGUUAAACGUGAAGGUUUUGGGGAGGUGUUAUUUGGACCAAAUUAAACGUGAAGGUUUUGGGGAGGUGUUAUUUGGACCAAGUUAAACGUGAAGGUUUUGGGGAGGUGUUAUUUGGACCAAGUUAAACGUGAAGGUUUUGGGGAGACUUUUUUGGACCAAGUUAAACAUUAAGGUUUUGGGGAGGUAUUAUUUGGACCAAGUCAAAUGUGAAGGUUUUGGGUAAGUAUUAUUUUGACCAAGUUAAAUGUGAAGGUUUUGGGGAGGUAUUAUUUGGAACGAGUUAAACGUGAAAGUUUUGGGGAGGUAUUAUUUGGACCAAGUUAAACAUUAAGAUUUUGGGGAAGCAUUAUUUGGACCAAGUUAAACGUGAAUGUUUUGGGGAGGUGUUAUUUGGACCAAGUUAAACGUGAAGGUUUUGGGGAGGUAUUAUUUGGACCAAGUUAAACGUGAAGGUUUUGGGGAGGUAUUAUUUGGACCAAGUUAAACAUGAAGGUUUUGGGGAGGUAUUAUUUGGACCAAGUUAAACGUGAAUGUUUUGGGGAGGUGUUAGUUGGGAUUUAUAUUUUUGUGGCAGAAUGAUUCCCUCUCCAAGGUCUGUCUGGCCUGGCUGAAGUACAAUAGGCCUAACAGCUGGCAAAGAUGUUCCAUCCUCCAGCCAGACCUCCUCUUAGAACUGUGGUGAAUCCAUCCAAAUAUUAUUAAUGUGCCUCCCUUACCAAUAAUUCACUCUUAUCCUUUGAGGUGGUGGAAACUUGUGUAUAGAAGUUGUGCCAGUGUUUUUACUUUGUGAGAAUUACUGUUGUGCUAGACUUGUAAGAGAGCUAGGUUACGUCCCAAAUGGCACCCUAUUCCCAACAUAGUGCACUACGUUUGACCAGCGCGCCAUGGGACCUGGUUGAAAGUAGUGCACUAUGUAGGGAAUAGGGUGCUGUUUGAGACGCAAGCUUAAAACUGGUAUAUCCAGUUUUGCUGUUUGUGUUUGUUUUCAGUUACAUACAUUUCACACUCCCUGCCUCAUGGCUGGGCAGGCCUUUAUACAUCUCAAGUUCUGCAAGUUACAUUUUCAUACAAAAUACACAAUGUCAUUCUAUUUAAUGUACCAUUAAAUGAGAUAACCCCUGUA